AUACAUAAAGAUGUCGAGUCCUUAUUUAAAUAAUAUGAUCAUAAUCGGAUGCAUACUUACGUAUACGAGCGGACGGGCAUGGGUUCUCAUGUCUGGCUUCACACUCGCAUUUGGAAGUAUGUUCAGUAAGACGUGGAGAGUUCACGCGAUCUUCACAAACAUUAAACUCAAUAAAAAACUCAUUAAAGACUACAAAUUAUUUAUGGUGGUCGCGGUACUGGUGUUCAUUGAUGUGGCCACUCUCACUACUUGGCAAAUAGUCGACCCUUUUUACAGGGAUACACACAAUGGCACGGCAGAGCCGUCACCGCAAAACGAGGACAUUUGGGUGAUUCCCGAAAUGGAGUAUUGCCAGAGCAAGAGAAUGACUAUAUUUUUGGGCUCAAUAUAUGCAUUUGGCAUAUUCCUGGCCUGGGAGACCAGACAUGUUAGCAUUCCAGCGCUUAAUGACUCCAAAUAUAUCGGAAUGAGU